CUGUGGUGGAAAUAGACAGGGAAUUAUUGAAAGUAGCAUCCAAGAUGAUUUAUUUGAAGACGAUGUUAAAGGUGAUAGACAAUUCAGGAGCACAGCUUGCUGAAUGUAUUAAAGUCAUGAGAAAAUCGCCCAUGAACUGUGGUAGACUAGGCGACCGAAUUGUUGUUGUCAUUCAAAAAGCCAAACCAAUAUCCUCACAAAUUACUGGUAUAUCUGGUGCUAAUCGAGUAAAACGAGGUGAUAUUGUUCAUGCAGUAAUUGUUAGACAAAGACAAAAUUAUCAAAGAAAGGAUGGAAGUGUUGUAAAAUUUGAUGACAAUGCCUGUGUUUUAAUAAACAAGAAUAACAAUGAUCCAAUUGGAACCCGAAUCGGUAGCUGUAUUGCCAAAGAGGUAAGAAUGAAGAAUUAUAAUAAAAUUGCUGCAUUAGCUCCAAAGGUUUUGUGAAAUAUUUGGCGUUUCUUGAUUUAUUUCCAUUCUUGUAUAUAUUUAUAUAGUAAACCGAUAAUAGGUAUUUUCUACUGUAAAACGCUAUAAACUUAAUAUAAGUUAUGUAAAAUUUCUAUAUUCAAACAUAUAUCAAGACAUAUUUACAAAGAAACAAGGGGAAAAACCAAAAAUGAAAUGGAUAAUGUGAAAUGAUAUGAUAUCCAGACUGGAUAUCAUUUUCAAAUCAAUAAACAGGUCUUUUAGAUGGAUGUUGUAUGGUUAUUAACUGAUCUUGGGGAACUUUUGUAGCCUUAGUUGUUUCAACAAAUUCUUUGAAAAUAGUUGCAGGAUUUUUGUUUUUGCAGUCAAUAACUUUAUCG